AUGAUCACCACUCUCCAGAAACCACUCUCUCAAAGUCACGCCGUACUCCGUACCGGGGCUUCAGUAUUCUCGAGAUUGUUUCGAUUCCAUAUCGCAACCCCCCGAGCACCUUUUCCACGACACCAAUGGCGACCACCUAUCUGUCACCUGCAGCAUCAGACCCGAGGACUACAGACACGCUAUCGACCACCUCGAGCCACACCACCCUUCCGUGCUCUGUCAACGGACGAGGAGCUUGACAAACUUAUGGCGUCUGCAGCAAGGUUCGAGAAGGAAUACAAAGUGGCUGGAAGUAUCAAACAACGUCUUGCGGCCAUUGAUAAAGGAAAACCGGAUAUUGCCAGGUUUCGAGAGUACCUUGCUCGGACUGCCAAGCGAGAAGAUCUAGAGUCUUUUGUACGAAAGAUCAGCGAAAGAAAUGAGCAUAAAUUGAGGGAGGCUAGCAUAGAUGGAGCCGCGAAAUAUGUUUCUUCCAUUUUUUGCGGGUUAUUCAUUAUCACGUCGGUUGUGGCUGUAAUGCCGCCUGUUUCCAAAGACGAGGAGGAGCCCACCAAGCCAGAACCGAAGAGCUUAGAGGAGAAAGAUCCUCCCCAGGCGGGCUCUACAAAGACUUAUAGGAGUAGAACCAAAAAAGCCGAGACGGAAACCCCUGAGACAAAAUGCAUAUGCCAUCGCCCACUUGAGCUCGAUAAUACUCGAGUGCUGUGA